UGAUCGUUUGGCUCUUAUUGGCCCCCUCCCCCUUCCCUGCCUGCCGGCGCUCUUCUUCACUUCUUCUUCUUCUUCUUCUUCAGAGAGAGAGAGAGAGAGAGAGAGAGGCGUGCUGCAAAAUCACUGUGACGACUGAGCUCAAUCGACGUGUUUGAGCUUUCAGGAACCGUCACUCCACAUCUGCGGUGAGAUUUUGGGAAGGGGAAGAUGGAUUACGUCUAUGGACCAGGGAGGAACCACCUUUUCGUUCCGGGCCCCGUCAACAUCCCGGACCCGGUCAUAAGGGCAAUGAACAGGAACAAUGAGGAUUACCGCUCCCCUGCAGUUCCAGCUCUGACCAAGACUCUCCUAGAGGAUGUGAAGAAGAUUUUCAAGACCACCAGCGGCACCCCAUUCCUGAUUCCAACUACAGGUACUGGUGCCUGGGAGAGUGCUCUAACCAAUACGCUGUCUCCUGGAGAUCGGAUCAUAUCUUUCCUGAUUGGCCAAUUCAGCUUGCUGUGGAUUGAUCAGCAGCAGCGCCUUGGGUUCAAUGUGGAUGUUGUUGAGAGUGAUUGGGGUCAGGGUGCCAACCUCGACAUUAUGGCCUCCAAGCUUGCAGCAGAUACCAAUCACACCAUCAAGGCAAUCUGCAUCGUUCAUAACGAGACAGCCACUGGAGUCACCAACAACUUGGCUAAAGUAAGAAAAAUACUCGAUGAUUACAGGCACCCAGCUCUGUUGUUGGUUGAUGGAGUCUCAUCCAUUUGUGCUCUCGAUUUCCGCAUGGAUGAGUGGGGAGUGGAUGUGGCCUUGACAGGCUCCCAGAAGGCUCUUUCUCUCCCAACUGGGAUGGGUAUCGUGUGCGCAAGCCCCAAAGCCCUGGAGGCUUCCAAGACCGCAAAGUCUUACAGAGUCUUCUUCGACUGGAAGGACUACCUGAAGUUCUACAAAAUGGGAACAUAUUGGCCUUACACCCCUUCCAUUCAACUCUUGUAUGGACUCAGAGCAGCGCUCGAUCUGAUUUUCGAGGAAGGUCUUGACAAUGUCAUCGCUAGGCAUAACCGUCUGGCUACAGCAACAAGGCUUGCUGUGGAGGCUUGGGGCUUGAAGAACUGCACCCAGAAAGAGGAAUGGUUUAGUGACACCGUAACUGCGGUGGUCGUCCCUUCAUACAUUAACAGUGCGGAGAUUGUUAGGAGGGCAUGGAAGAGAUACAACUUGAGCUUGGGUCUUGGCCUUAACAAAGUAGCCGGGAAAGUCUUCAGAAUAGGGCAUCUCGGUAACCUGAAUGAGCUGCAACUGUUGGGCUGUCUUGCUGGAGUUGAGAUGGUGCUCAAGGAUGUCGGCUACCCUGUAAAGCUCGGAAGCGGGGUGGGGGCAGCUGCUGCAUACUUUCAGAAUACCACCCCGUUGAUCCCAUCCCGUAUUUAAAUCCCGGAGCCUCACCUCCUCCUCAUGUAAUUAAGUUGCCUCUUCUCCUAUCUACAUUCGUCUCUCUGAUUCCAUGUAAUUAAAAAAAGAUACCGGGUUAUUUCCAACUCCGCCUAGACAGUUAUUAGGCUAUUCUCGAGUUUCUGGCUCGAUAAGCUUGCUUUUCUCGCUACGCUGAGAUCCCGUGUUUCAAGUAUCUGUAGAACCUUCUUUUCAUUUUACGUUAUCUCUCCCUAUUCCUGCAC